GAAAUAAAAUAAAAUAAAUAAAUUACCAAAAACGAAAUCACCGAUUGAAUAGCAAAUAAUUAGAGAAUCCAGAAUCCAGAGCCCUUUUUCUUAUGCAAUAUAUAAUAUAAUAUAACUUUUUUAGGGUUUAUGUUUGAUCUUGAAUUUCAUUUUGAUUUCACAUCAUCACGUUUCUUAAUUUUGUUAUAGUCUGCUGAAGUCGAAGCCUUUUCGUUGCAGAAUUAGAGAUGGGCAGUGCCAAAGAAAAUGAGGAUGAAUCAGCACAUCCUUCAGGCACUGACAUGGCUAUUGAUGCAGAGCAACCUCUUCAACAAACUGAGCAUGCUUCUUCUCCCCACCCUGUGCCUAUGGACCAGGAUGACCCAGUCCCCUCUGAGAAUAGGAAUCCUUCAUCUCAGACUAUUGCAGCCCCCAACGAUCAUAAUAAUGUGCUGCCACAAUCUCAUUCUGAGACAUCCUCCAUUAAUAACACCUUGGAGUCGAAGUCUACUAUGCAACAAUCUCAAACUGAAGCAGACCUCGGUGAUCCUCAAAAAUUAGAGACUGAAGCAGCCCCAGAUACUAACAGUGCACAGUUGAAGACACCAUCUCAGGAUGAGAUAGUUCCAAAUGAUAAUAUUGAAGGGUUGAGAGCAGAUACUCAACCUCAGAUUGAAUCUGCUCUCAAUGGUAUCAAUAUGGAGCUCGACACUGUUCACCAACAGACUCAGAAUAAAGCAGUUUCCAGUUAUGAUAAUGUGGAGUUCAAAACCAGUCCUCAGACUGAGGCUGCUGCUGAUGACAAAGAUAUGGACUUGAAGUCUAGUCCUCAAAAGCAUCCGACUGAGGCAGGCCUCAAUGACAAUAACGUGGAUUUGAAAUCAGGUCCACAGCAACCCCUUGAAGGUUCAUCUUCACCUGCUCCUUCAGAUGACAGCAAAACUUCACUCAAGUCUGAAACUGAACCUCCUACUAAAGAAAAAACUACAGGCAAUGAAAACUCUGAUUGUAAACCUGAAACAUGUGGUGUUGAUGGUACCACCAAUUCAACUAGUAAUAUGGAAACCGCUAAGCUCACAGCAGAUUCCAAAUCUGAACCUUCUGAAGUGCCACAAAGUAAAUCUGGUCAUGCCGACACUGUUACUAAGGAGCACAGCGAACCUGCUAUACCUCAUGCAGAAACUUCAAGCAUUAAAACUGAACAUGAGAAUAAGCAAGAAUUGAAGAAUGGAAAUAGUGAAAUGGAUGUUGCACCCAAGAGUAAUGGCAACUCAACCUCUAAGAGUUCAUUUCUUUUGGAGAACUAUCAUGAUGGUAGUGAGUCAGGAUCAGAAGAGGAGCAAUUAGCAUUUAUGAAGGAGCUUGAAAAUUUCUUUCGGGAAAGGAGUACGGAGUUCAAGCCUCCUAAGUUCUAUGGAGAGGGAUUAAAUUGUCUAAAGUUGUGGAGAGCAGUUAUGAGACUGGGUGGCUAUGAUAAGGUGACUACAUGUAAGUUGUGGCGGCAAGUGGGAGAAUCCUUUAAACCCCCAAAGACAUGUACUACUGUUUCAUGGACAUUUCGAGGUUUUUAUGAGAAGGCACUUCUUGAUUAUGAGAGGCAUAAGACAAAUGGUGGCGAGCUUAAUCUUCCUCUUACUUCCAACCCAGAGCCUGUCAUUGUCGAUAAUCAGACUCCUGGAUCGGGUCGAGCACGGAGAGAUGCUGCAGCACGUGCUAUGCAGGGCUGGCACUCGCAACGCCUUCUUGGUAAUGGAGAAGUUAGUGAUGCAAUCAUCAAGGAUAAGAAUUCUGUACCUAUGCAAAAGCGUGAAAAACAGCUUAAAAAUCUCGGUAUAGUUAAGCGUAAGAAACCAUCUUACAUGGAACAUGCUGUCAAAGCUGCCCGUGCGAAAACAUCUAAACCUCAAUUGGAUGUAGAGGUGGUUGACCUGGGAUCGCCUGCUGAUUGGGUGAAGAUCAAUGUACAGAAAACAAAAGAUUGUUUUGAAGUGUAUGCUUUAGUACCUGGGCUUCUUCGCGAAGAGGUGCGUGUUCAGUCAGAUCCAGCAGGCCGACUGGUUAUUAGUGGUGAACCUGAGCAUCCUGAUAAUCCUUGGGGCGUCACACCCUUCAAAAAGGUUGUCAGCUUACCGUCAAGGAUUGACCCACAUCAAACUUCAGCUGUUGUCACCCUGCAUGGACAACUAUUUGUUCGUGUACCAUUUGAGCAGUCAGAUUAGGAGAGCUUCAGUAACAGUCAAAAUGUUUUAUUAUCCUUCCAAGAUUGUAGAAGUAAUUUGAGAGGUUUAGGCAAAAAGCUGGUGGAGUUGGUGCCAGUUUUGAACUCGGACACGUCAUUUGUAUUUUUAAUUUCGUAAAAUUUAGAUAGGAGGCUUUUCGUAUACCUUUCUUUUCUUGUCCUGCUAAUUUCUCAUACACUAAGGUUGGCCGUCUUUAUGGGAAUCACUUUGUAAUAAUAUAAUAUUCCUUGACAAAAGUCCAUUUUUCUGUUUUGCAUUGUA